AUGCACCUCAAGACUCUCGCAUCCAUUGCUCUUUCAGCAGCAACAUCUGUUCAAGGAUAUAAUUUUGUUCGUUUGAACAAAACGGAUGCUGUUCUCCUCGUUGUCGACCAUCAACUCGGUCUUUCUCAGCUAGUGCACGACUUCAGCACCGUCGAAUUCCGUCAGUCAAUACUGGCUCAUGCUGCCAUUGGAAAUUUAUUCAAUCUCCCCACCAUCUUGACAACAUCUGCCGACACUGGACCAAAUGGAGCACUCCCGAAAGAAGUCAUUGCUAUGCACCCCAACGCCCCAUUUAUCCACCGCCAAGGGGAAGUAAACGCCUGGGACAAUACCGACUUCCGCGCCGCAGUUGAGGCAACCGGCAAGAAGCAAAUCAUCCUCGGUGGCAUUGUCACGGAAGUUUGCACUGCUUUUCUCUCCCUCUCUCUCGUAGAAGCCGGAUACGAGGUAUUCGCCAACACUGGCGGGACCUUCAGCGACAAGCUUGCUGCUGACGCCAACCGCCGUAUGGAACAGGCAGGUGUGCAUCUCAUGGGUAUGUUUGGUAUUGUCAUGGAUUUGAUGCGGGAUUGGCGAAAUACCCCGGGCACUGCGGAAGUCUUGCCUUUCCUUGAUACGUUUUUGGUGCCCUAUUCAUUGGUUGCAAGAGAUCAUGGUUAUGCCAUUGAUAAUGGAACCAUUGUCCCUGGGGAAGCAAAGAUCUUGUAA